GUGAGUGAACUCGCCAUGAAUCUUGCUUUCACUAAAAACAGCAAUAUUUCCAUUCCAUCUUAUUUCUACAUCAGUGGUUUUUCUGGUAUACCUCACAUGAGAUACUAUUAUGUAUUCUUGUUAUUUGUCUACAUUAUUUCUUUGGUUGGGAACUCCUGCCUCAUGUUUGUCAUUAUUUUAGACCGAACUCUUCACACUCCUAAAUAUAUUGCUGUCUUUAAUUUAUCACUCACCGACAUUUGUGAGAGUACGGCUGUGAUCCCUCAACUACUGGAUAUGUUUUUGUUUGGGAAUCAGUUGAUCCCGUAUGUUUUGUGCUUGAUUAACAUGUUCUCUGUCUUUGUGUCUACUUCAACAUAGUCCUUUACUCUUGCUGUUCUGUCUUUUGACAGAUUAGUGGCUAUUUGUUUGCCACUGAGGUAUCAUAUGAUUGUAACUCACAGAUCAAUGCUUGUUAUACUUGGAGUUACUUGGGCAGUGGCACUGCUUAUGGUAAUUGCUUCUACAAUUUUCAUCAGCAGACUUUCUUUCUGUAGAGUGAUUGUCAUCAUAAAUAGUUUCUACUGUGAUCAUGGGCCUAUAUAUCGUUCUGCAUGUAGCAAUAAUUUCCCCAGCUAUGUGAUAGCUGGUUUGUACCCAGUACUAAUUCUUGGCUUUCCAGUAAUUUUUAUCAUCUUUUCAUAUGCAUGCAUAGCUGUGACAUUGUUUAGAAUCACUACCCCACAAGACCGUCAAAAAGCCAUGAAGACAUGUAUUGCUCAUUUAAUAGUAGUGACCACAUUUUAUGUGCCCAUCACUUUUACAUAUGUUCUUAACACAGUUAUAAACACUAAUACAAGGAUCAUUAAUCUCUCUUUGACCUCUGCCCUUCCUCCAAUGCUUAACCCUAUAAUCUACACAUUAAAGACAGAGGAGUUCAAGGUCUCUUUGAAAAGGCUUCUUAAACGGAGAAUCAUAUUCCCAUCUCCAAAAUGA